CCACUCUGCUCUGCUCCCCCCUUAUUUUUUUAUACUUUAUAAUUUUUUUGUUAGUCAUUUUCAUGAGCAAGUCGCAUUCACACACCCGUACACUUUCGAUGUUUGCACCUCAGAUUGCCGCUCGGCCACCAUCGUCGUGCAGCUCGCUAGAACAACAGGAUCCACUGCAAACACGCGAAGAGCUGGAGGCAGGCCAGGCCGAGGGAUCUUUGCCCCCAGUCUUCUCACCCUCGCUGCACCUGUCGCUGCGCAAAGACCACAAGUUCUCAACCAGCAGUAACAAUACUUCCGAGAGUGCUAGCAAGCUAUGCGACCUCCACCCCCAUGCCCCGACCAGCCACAUAUCAGAUAGCAGUGAUGACACGCUUCCUCCAUCUCCCCUCUCGGGAAAGCAAAAGCCGGGGCAAGCGCAAACCAGUGCAGAUAUUCUUUCGCCCACAGACGUCAAUACUCGACUACACCGAGCUGAUGUACCAGGGCAGCGACCGGAUGCGUGGUCUGGUUACUUGCUUCUGGACCAUUGUUGGCGCCUACCUCGUGUCACUGCUGGCCUCGCACUACGAGAGCAACGGCGAAAUCAUGUCACUCAGCCUGGGCAGUCUGAUAUUUAGCCGUGGCAUGGAUCUUAUGCUCAGCGACUUGGCUCUCGUCGUGUCGACUGCAUUUGUCGUACCGCUUGUGCGCAUCUGUUGGGUCGGGUGGCAGAAACCCGGGAUUUUUGACCCGCAUAGCCGACAGUCAAUGGCGAUCCAGGCGUUGGCCGAGAUCAUAUGGCUGGUCGUUUGGUACUCAUGGCAGGGAACCAGGGGCUGGCCGUGGUCGCAGCGCUGCUUUUUUGCGCUGCACACAAUGGUUAACUGGAUGAAAAUUCACUCACUUGGACUCGGAGAUGCCUCACUAGAAGCCGAGCUUUGCCCAUAUACGGUGCGCUUCCCGGCCAACCUGACACUGGGUAACUACUGCAUGUUCCAGCUCUGUCCAACAUUUGUCUAUGAGCUCGAAUACCCGCGCACCACGCAUAUCCGCUGGGGCUACGUGCUUGAGAAGCUGGCCGGCACCGCAGCGCAUGCCCGAAACGGGAUCCUGCUGACCACAAUGCACUUGACGGGACCGAUGGCUACCUGCUGGCUUCUAUUCUUCUUUAUCACUUUUGAUUCCAUUGCCAACGGCUUUGCCGAGCUCACAAGGUUUGCUGAUCGCCGCUUCUACGAUGACUGGUGGAAUGCCCGCGGGCUUGACGAGUUUUCGCGCAAGUGGAACCGCCCCGUGCAUAUGUUCCUCGCCCGCCACAUCUACAUGCCCAUGCGGGAAAACUGGCACAUCCGAGACUUGUCUUCUUCUAACAAGAGUUCUCGUGGAUUUCUCGGUCGUUUGCGCAGAAACGUGCCUGCUUCGGUUGCAGCCAUGGCUAUGACAUUUUUCUUCUCGAGUAUUCUCCAUGAAGUCACUGUUGUGGUUGCUUGCCAUCGGUGGAAUCACGGAAUGUUUUUCUUCUCGCAGAUGAUGCAGAUUCCGCUGAUCAUUAUGUCAGAGAAGGUUCUUUGGUUCAAGAGCAGCAGGCCCGCUCUCCUAUGCGCCUACACGUUCAAGGCAUUCGAAGACAGGGCUCUUCAGGUGAAUGCCCUUGUUAAUGUUGCUGUUGUUGCUAUUGCUGCUUAGACCGGUUAGCUGUAAUUUUAUAAAAAAAAACUCAAAAGUCAACGCAACCCCGGCCCAACCCAGCACCAAAAAUAUAUAUACUUAUUUUAGAUUAUAUUUUUAUUAUAUUUAUAAAAUUAUCACACGUGAAAAAAA